UAGUUUGACGAGAGAAAUUCGACCAAUCAGAAAAUUGUUAGAUCGCCAGCUCGGAUUAGUGUGGUUUAUGUAACGGAAGUACCGUGCGUUCUCGAACUCAAUCAUCGUAAGUCAGUGCAUUUCUCCUCCAUCACCACUAUGCCGCGCAGAGGACGUAUGAGCUCUCCGGCUCCCCGGCGCCCGGUGUCGCAGGUUCCAGCUCAGCACCAUGCUCCUCCCCCACCUGCCCCAGUCCACGCACAACCCCGCCAGCCAGGUCUCAUGGCACAGAUGGCCACAACUGCUGCUGGAGUUGCUGUUGGGUCUGCAGUGGGUCACACCAUUGGGGCAGCCAUGACAGGAGGGAUGGGAGGAGGCAAUGCUCCUGCCCCCCAGCAGGAGACCCCCCAGCCUUUAUAUCAGCAGCAGCAGCAGCAGCAGCAGUCAGCUGGACCCUGCCAGGUGGAACUGAAGCAGUUCCUUGACUGUGCCAACAACCAGUCCGACCUCUCUCUGUGUUUUGGAUUCAAUGAAGCACUCAGGCAGUGCAAGCUACAAAAUGGAACAGCUUGAUGUUGUGAAUUUAGGGGAAUGAACGGUUUUACAUAGAUGAAUGGUUGUUGCUGAAUGAACUUGGAAGGGCGAUUUCUCUUAUUGAACACUGUAAUAUAGAACCUGUAACCUGCCUCGUCAACCUCUAGGAUGUCCUGGCUGGCAUCAGAACAUCUGGCUUAGUAACUGCAAGUAGCUGUCAUGCUUCAAGAGAUGCUGUUAAACUGUACUCAUAGAAUUUGUUUUGUUUUUUGUUUCCCUUUCCCUUGAACGUGUUGAGUGUCUUUUUUGAUUAUUAUGUACUGUGGGCAUAUAUUUGAAUUAAUAAUAAAGAACCAACAGUGAAUAUAUCCAAGAUACUAAGGAGUAUCAUGGUGAUGCAAUAUGUCCACCUGAGGUGUAGCAAACACAUGUUGAAGAUCAGAUGAACUUCUAACAGGCAACCAAAGUAAACUUGAUACAUAGACUACGUUCGAGGCUCCAAUAAAACAUGUUGGUGUUGA